CAGUACACAUAACUCUCGGAUACAAUCCGAAGUUUCCACAUUUAUUUAAUCUCUCAUUGUUUAGUAAACCGACAAUAUUCUCAUUAUAAAAAUAUUCAUAGUUGUAAGAAGAGAAAAAUCUAUUGAUGGAUUUAUAGGAAUCUCAUAAUAUCAUUUAUUGUGUUAUAAAGACAAUGUUUUAUUUUGGCGAUCUACUUUAAUGUCUUUCAGUUUUCAAUUUUACUUGAAAAGUAAGAAAAAUUUUAAUGAAAUAAACGAAUUUAAGCAACCGAAAAAACGAUGUUAUUUAUCUUUAAUACCUAUUAGUGAUGUAUUUUGCUGUUGUUUACCUGAACGUAUACCUGAUUGGCUUCGAUGAGGUGUAAACGAAGUUGUUGAGUCAGAUAAAAAAGUUUGUGAAUAGAAAUUAAGUUAUUAUUAUUAUUUUUUGUUUAUUAAAGGUUGAUAAUGAGAUUGAAUUAGCAGCACCAGAAGGUUAUGGUACACUUCAUACUACUGCAAGUGCACAAACUCUUGCUACAAAUGCAAUACCUAUGGAUUCGUCGGAUGUUGUAAUAACAAGAACAGUCGAUGGUGCUUAUGAUAAUCCAGUAAUAACAAUAAAAGACUAA